AUGAAACAACUAAUAAAAUUAUUAGCAAUGAAUAUUAUAUUCAUAGCGAAUAUUCUCUAAAGUUUAUGGUGGAUGCUUUUGGUAUUGUAUUUCAUUGAACCAAUAAAUUACUUUGUAUUUUAUUUACAAAUUGGGUGUGUCACUAUGAGGAUUUUAUAAUAAAUAUUGAUUACCAGAAAUUAUGGAUUGUUUUUAUUUGUGCAUUUAGUAUCUCUUUGUUAUUAUGUGGCAUAUAUAGAAUCCUUAUUACUCUUAAAUUAUAAUUACUCAAUAGGCAUCUUCUCAAAUAGUUUAUUAAUAAUUGUUACUUAUAAUUCCUAUUUGAAAAUUGCAAUUUAAAAAUGGAGUUAGAUAUGUAAGUUAGGCCUUCCUUUUUAUAUUAUAUUAAGACUUAUAUCAAUAAUAUUUAUUUCCUUCAGUUAUUAUUCAUUAGAAAGUUUAUUAAUCAUAAUAAUGGUUUUGGUUUAAUAUUUAUUAUCAACAGAAGAAAAAAUUGAAAGAAUUCAAGUUAAUGAAAAUAGUUAAAAAGGAAAAACUAAAUUGAAUACUAAAAUUCCAGAGUUAUAAUUAAAGAAAGUUGAAGAAAAAGAUUCUCCAAAUCAUUAAUAAUAAUCUUUACUAAAAUCUUUUAGUAGAGCCUCUCUUAGUUAAACACCUUUAAAGAGUUAAAGUUAUUUAAUGAAGGAUCAAUAAAGUGAUUCAAAAUUGGGAUAAUUUUCUAAUUUAACAAAUCGAUCCAAAUCUUAAAAGUAUUAUAAGAUUUCAGAAAAAUCCGAUUUAUAAUUGCAUAUAUUUUAUUAGAACCUUAUUAAUAUAUUUCCUUAAGGAAUUUUGAUAUUAAACUAAUUCUAACAAAUCAGUUAUAUGAAUAAUAAAUGUGAAAAACUCUUAGAAUGUUAAGGAGGGGAACAAGUCUUAGAGAAAAUAAAAAUAUGUGUUAAUGAUGCAAAAAUGUGUGAUAACGAAAGUGAAAUUACAAAUUUAUUAUAAACAACAAAAUCUAAUAGACAAAUAAAUUAAUAUACUCUUUAAAGAAUAGUUAGAAAACUUCAGAAUGAAAAUAGAAGAGCAGAUGUAUUAGAUAUUCUACUUUAUCCAUAAAAAUAUUAUGGAAUAUUAGAUUAAAAAGUAGAACCAUGUAGUUAAGAUGAUUCUAAAACAGACUAAUUGACCUUUCAAUAAUAAUUAUUUAUUUAUGAAUGGCUAAUGGAAUCAGAAUUGCAGAAUAAAUUAAAUUAAAAGAAACUUAAAUUAACAAUUAUUCCUACAUCAAUGACAGGACAAUAAUAAGAGUACAUCUCACUUCCUUCAUAAAACAAAUUUUCAAGUAAACUUAAUAUAUAAGUUAAUAAUGAUGCUGAAGUUCCAGUUCUUCUUAUAAUGAUUAAAAAUAUCACAAGCAAACAUAAAUUUCAAUUAAUGAAGGAUGAAUAAAUAAUUCAUCAUAGUUUAAUUAAAUCUUUUUCACAUGAAUUAAGAACCCCAUUAAAUUCAUGUUAAUAUAUGUUAAAUCUUAUUAAGCAUAAACUUUUAGAUAAAAAUGUUUAAGAAUAUAUUGACAUUGCUAUGUGUUCUAUUACAUUGUUAAUUCAUUAAAUUAAUGAUAUUCUUGAUUAUGCAGCCAUUUAAUCUUUCUCAUUUUCUUAUCACAUUACAAGAUUUACUAUAAAUUAGAUUAUUCAAGAAAUUGAGAAUCUCUAUAAAAUAUAAAUGAAACAUAAAAAAAUUAAAUUUGAAAUUUUAGUUUAAUAACAAUUAAAGGAUUCUAUUAUUUGUAAUGAUAAAUAAAGAAUACUAUAAAUUUUAGUUAAUUUAUUAAAUAAUGCUGCUAAAUACACAAAGGAAGGAGGAAAAGUUUAAUUAAGAGUAAAAUAAAAAAGUUAAUUUAUAAUAAAAAUUUAAGUUAAAGAUGAUGGAAUAGGUAUUGAAGAUGAUAAAUUAAGUUUGAUUUAAAAUAGUCUUAAUGGUACAUUAGAAUUUGGAGCUAGAUUAAAAACUUAAUAAGUUACUUAAAAGGCAGGUUUAGGUUUAAAUAUUGCAGCUAAAUUAGUAGAAGGUUUAGUUGAAUCAAAUUAUAAUCAAUUAUUAAUAAGUUCAACAAAAAAUUAAGGAACAAAGGUUUAAUUUUAAAUUUAAAAUUUCUUGAAUACAACUAAUGAUUAAUAUUAAUCUUCUAAUUUAGUAUCAUAAUUAACUGGAAGAUUUAAUUAAUCAGGUAUUUAAUAUACACUUAGUGAGAGAAAAUUUGAAGACAGAAUGUUAAUUAGAUAAAUAAACUCAAAAUUAGAUUAAGAUUCUUAAUUUUAAGAUAAUUUUGUUUAUGAAUCAGAAUCUUCAAUUAAUACACCUAAAUUAAAUGAUAUAGAAAGAUCACCAUAAAUUUGUUUACCAAUUAGUCCUGAAUAUUUCUCUCAUAAAUAUAUGCCCUCCUAUUAAAAUAUUUUACGCAUAGAUACUAUUCAUAAAAGUAUUUCAUUAUGUGAUUAAUGUGUUCAUGUUUUAAUUGUUGAUGAUAUUCCAUUUAAUUAAAUUGCACUUAAAUUAAUGCUUAAAUAUUAUCAUAUUGAAGCUGAUCAAGCCUUUGAUGGAAUUUAAGCAAUUGAAAAAGUAAAAACAAAAUUAGAUGGACAUUGUUCUACUUAUAAAUUAAUUUUUAUGGAUAUUGAAAUGCCAGGUAUUAAUGGAUUUUAAACUAGUAAAUAAGUAAAUAUAUUAAUAAUACUUUUAUUAGAUUAAUGAAUUAACAUAAAGAUAAUCAACUAUAGUUAUUUGUUCUGCGUACGAUACUUAAGAAAAUUUCGUAGAAGGAUAAAAAGUAGGGAUUUCCACGUUUCUUCCUAAACCUGUAAAAUAGGAUGAAUUAGAAGAAGUGUUGAAGACACUCUUUUAAAUUAAAAGGAAUUUUAAUUGA